CCGCCCGGGGAGGGGCGGGCGGCGUCCCGGGGCCGCCCCGGUGCCGGUGCCCGCGGUAUGGCGGGGCUGCCCGGCGCCCCGCGGACCCGCAGCGGUUCCCCGGGCCCCUACGCCGCCCUGCCCGCUCUGGACGGCGCCUUCCUCCGCUCGCCGCUCGGGGGGCUGAUGGUCGCCCAGGCCGUGCUCGGCUUACUGGUGUGGGCACUCAUUGCCGACACAACGUACCACCUCCACGCGGCAUAUGGAUGGGUGAUGUUCGUGUCCAUCUUCUUCUGGAUAUUAACAGUCCUUUUCUUCGUGACUUACCUCCUGCAACUUCCGCUGAAGUUCUAUAUGAUCCCCUGGCCCCUCGUGCUGAUGAUCUUCAACGCUACAGCCACUGUCCUGUACAUCACCGCCUUCGUAACAUGUGCGGCCGCCGUCCAGCCUACGUCCUGGCGGCAGUGGGAUUACAACCGGAGAGCUGCGGCAUCUUUCUUCGCCUGCCUCACGAUGAUCGCCUACGGGGUGAGCACCUUCUUCAGCUUCCGCGCCUGGAAAGGGCUCGGCAGCAACGCGGCCACCAGCCAAGUGACUGACCACGCGUAAGGAGUGGACAGCAAAGCCCAGCCAUAGGCCACCCUGGGUCAGCUCAUGCCGGGCUCGGUGGCUCGUAGCCUUGCGUGCCACCAGGUCUUGUUCUUGGACCAGCCUGUGCUGGCAGCGAUGGUCAGUACCGGGUCGCAUGGAUGCUGCUCUGGGGUCUCUGAUGAUGCUUCCAGCUGAUGUGCCCACGGCACAAACCUACCAGCGCCGUCACCAACAGCCUCGCUGGGAGGACACGGACUCGCUGGAGGCUGAAGCUUCUGCUCGUCAUCGUCAUCAUUGGGGUUCAUCCAGAUCCUCACCGGAGCAGCUCCGCUGACGGGGCUCAGCCAAUUCGGCACAUUCCAGUACUAAAAUUCACUAAACCAAGCCCAGGCUCCUGUCUCUGGCCAUUUGCAGCUACAGCGUAAUUCCAAUUAACAUGAUACAUAAACAGCAGCAUAGCUGGAGGAUGUAGGCUAAGCAAAGGAAAACAUCUAAACUCUUCUUGUAUUGAUUUCUAAAAAUGGAAGCACAAAUUUUAUGCUUUAAAUAAAAAUCUUCCUAAAGCCA